GUGCGCGCCCGCCCUCGCCCCGCUCUGAGCCUCUGUGGUUUGGGUUGGGGCGCGGGGGACCCGCCGCAGGUCCUGGCUCUCUCCCCACCCCCCCACCGAGGAGGAACCCCGCGCCCCAGGUCUGCCGAUGGGGCGGGCCAGGCUGGGUCCCCGGCCCGAAGGAGCAGCGGGUCCGGGUCCCGCAGGCCCGCCUCCGCCUGCCGGCCCGGGGCCCCGCGGUGCGGACGGAGGCGGAGGCGGGGCUGGACUGGGAGGGCGGCGGGGAAGCGGGUCUGCGCUCUGAUGCCGCCCGGAGGGCUGUCCGGUCCCCAGCCCGGCCACGGCACCACGGCCGCCCGCACCCGCCGCCCCGCGCGGCCCCGCCGCCGGAUGUUGACGCCGUCGCCUAGCAACGGGCCACGGCGGAGCCUGGGAGCGGGGCGGCCGGCCCCACAGGGAAGGAGAGGCAGUGAUGGAGGAAGAGGAGGACGGGACCCCCGAGGGCGCCGGGCCACAGGCAGCCCCAGAGGAGUCCACCGGGGAGCAGACCAGACCGGGGGCCGCUGCGGAAGCUGCUGAGCCCGAGGCCCCUGCCCCGGGGGAAGGCCCGUCCGAUGAGGAAGGCCCGCCCGAUGCAGGAGAGGGGGACGGGGUCCCCGAGGGAGAAGAGGGGGACGGGGUCCCCGAAGAAGAGGGGGACACGGAGACGGGCGAGGAGCAGCAGGUGGCGGGGGGCCCGGGGUCUGACACGGAAGCCCUGUCCCUCGGGGGGAAAGCCAGCUCCAGGGAGAUCAUCGAUUCGGACGAGGCCCCGGACUCAGAGGCCGCCCAGCAGGCGGCAGGCUCCUCUGAGUGGCAGCCGAGUUCGGAUGUUUCCAGAUUUGGGCUUAGCCAUUCGACGGAGUCUGAGGAGGACCUGCAGCGGGUCCCACCGCGCCCCCUGCUGCCCGGCCUGGGCGGUCGCAUCCCGUCCUCCGAUGAGCUGUCCCUGACCUCGGAGUCCUCCUCUGGCCCGGAGCCAGGCCCCCUCGCCCCGGCCUCCGGGCCGCCCCCGGGGCCAGCAUUCUCACCCUCAUUCCUGGACCGGAUCCAGCACUUCAGCCUCUCCGAGGACAGGGGCACCGAGCCGCCCGAGUCCGAGGGGAGCGACGAGCCGGACGAAGACGUGACCCACCUGGUGGUCCUGGACCCCAACCACCCCCUGAUGCUCAGGUUCCAGGCCGCACUGAACAGCUACCUGAACCGGCAGGUGGAGAAGCUGCAGCUGGAGCUGUUGGAGCUGGGCGUGGCCUCCAGGCAGAGCCAGGCGCAGCGGCAGGAGCUGGGCGUGGAGCUGUACGGGCUGCAGCAGCACAUGGCGGCCCUGCAGGUGCAGCUGGAGAAGAGCCACGACCGCUACUCGCUGGCCACGUGCGCGCGGCAGCAGAUGGAGCAGGAGCUGCAGCGUGUGCGCCAGCUCUACACCAGCACCUACGCGGCCGCCAACCAGGAGCGCCGGCAGCUGGCGUCGCUGCAGAGCGAGAUGGAGCACCUGGCUCUGAACCUGUUCUACGUGCAGAACAUCGACCAGGACAUGCAGGACGACAUCCACGUGAUGAAGCAGGUGGUGAAGAAGUCGGAAGCGGAGUGGGCGCGGGCCGAGCGGGACAAGCAGCAGCAGGACCUGCACGUGGACCAGCUCACCAGCCGGGCCCACGAGCUGGAAGAACAGAUCGCCCUGUUCGAGGCUCAGGCGGGGGCCCAGGCGGAGGAGACCCGGAUGCUCAGGAAAGCCGUGAGCGAGGCCUGCGCGGAGAUCGACUCGGUCCGCGUGGAGAAGAAGGUGAUCCUGCAGCAGUGGACGGUCUGCCUGGUGGGCAUGAAGCGGCGCGACGAGGCGCACAGGACCAUCCGGGAGGUGCUCAGCGAGUGCCGGCACCAGCUGCAGGCGGCGGCCGGCGAGGCGGAGGCCUACCGGCGCUCCAUCGUGCAGGAGGAGGAGCGCAACGAGGCGCUGGCCCGCGUGCUGCGCCGCGCGGAGGCCGAGGCGCGGCUGCUGCAGAAGCUCACGGCGCAGAGCCUGGCGCGGCAGGAGGCGCUGCAGGCCCAGUUCGGCUCCUACCAGAUGGUGCUGCAGGACACGGAGGCCAAGCUGGCCGCGGCGCGCGAGGAGCACAAGGAGAUCCGGGCCGAGCUGCUGGGCGUGCACCAGGCCAUCCGGGAGGAGCGGCAGCUGCGGCGGGAGCUGGACACGGCCAUCGUGCGGAAGCUGCAGGAGCACAUCACCUCUAACAAGAUGACCAAGUACUUCCACCAGCUGCUGCUCAAGCUGCAGAAGGAGAUGACCAACCUGGUGACGCACCACUCCAAGAUCGACGGCGACAUCGCCCAGGCCACGCUGGACAUCACCCGCACCAACUGCCGGCUGGAGGGGCACCGGGAGGCGCUGGCCGAGCUGGACAAGGAGGUGCAGAAGGUCAACGAGCUCAUCAGCAACAGCGAGAGCGAGAUCGCGCGGCGCACCAUCCUCAUCGAGCGCAAGCAGGGCCUCAUCAACACCCUCAACAAGGAGCUGGAGCAGAUGGUCUCCGAGAUCGGGGGGGAAGAGAUGGGGCCUCUGGAGCUGGAGAUCAAGAGGCUGAGCAAGCUGCUGGACGAGGUGGGCACCAAGGUGACGCAGGCGCAGGUGGGCUGGCUGCGCCUCCAGCAGGACAUGGUGCGGGCGGCGCAGGAGCGCGAGGAGCAGCUGGCCGCCCUGAGCCUCUUCCGCAAGGAGGUGCGCAUCCUGGAGCAGAAGAAGCUGAGGACCGAGAAGAAGAUCGAGCAGGAGAAGCAGGAGCAGAAGGACAUCGAGCGGCACAUGAAGGACCUGGACAACGACCUGCGGAAGCUCAACGUGCUCCUGAGCCGCAACCGCAGCAGCUCCGAGGACCUGCAGCAGGCCAACCUGCUCACCGAGAGCCAGUUCCUGCAGGCGCUGAAGGCCGCAGAGAGGGAGACCAUCGAGAUGCAGGACAGGCUGGAGCAGCUGAACCAGGAGAAGGUGUCGCUCCUCAACCUGCUGGUGGAGGCCGAGCACCAGAUCCUGCUUUGGGAGAAGAAGAUCCAGCUGGCGAAGGAGAUGCGGGCCUCGGUGGACUCGGAGACAGGCCAGAAGGAGAUCCGGGCCAUGAAGGCGGAGAUCCACCGGAUGCAGGUCCGGCACAAGCAGCUGCUGAAGCAGCAGGAGCGGAUGAUCCGGGACAUGGAGCAUGCCGUCGCCCGCAGGGAGACCAUCUCCACCCAGGCCGAGGGCCAGAGCAAGAUGGACAGGAAGAUGCUCACCCGGUCGGACUUCCACCACAAGGAGCUGGAGCUGCGGCGGAAGAUCAGGGACCUCCACAAGGCCACCGAGGAGACGAGCAACAACAUCCUGCAGCUGGAAGAGAGCCAGAAGGGCACGAGGGACUCGCUGCACGAGAAGCAGGCGCAGCUGGCCGCCCUGCAGGCCCAGGCCGAGGAGCUGGAGGCCAACCUGCAGCAGCUCGUGGACCGCAAGCGCCAGAACCUGUCGGAGCUGGUGACCCUGCAGACGCGCCUCAGGCACCUGCAGGCGGCGAAGGACGGCAGGUACGUGUUCCUGUUCCGCACCAAGGCGGCGCAGCUGGAGGAGCGUCGGCGCCUGGACCACCGGCUGGCCACCAUCGGCGCCGUCCUGGACCACGUGCAGGAGGAGCACCCCCAGUUCCAGGAGGCGCUGCUCGCGCUCAGGCAGGCCGUGGCCAGCCAGCUGGACGCCCCCGCGCCCUUCUAGCUCGCGCCCGGCCGGCGCCCCCCAGGCCAGCCGGGAAGAGACCCACGGAAGCCACGCCCACCCUCAGGGAACGACCAGGCUGGCGCUGCGGACACCGAGUCACCUCCCGGCCUUCCCGCUGCCUUUAGGCAGGUCACCCCUUGGCCGGGGCCACGCCCGGGAAGGCGGAGCCUGUUCCCCGGAUGGACGGUGACGUGCUCCCUGAGCAAAACCUGGGCUCCUGGAGGCUCCUGUGUCUGCACCUGCACUCACACCACCUCCUCCUGGGCAGCUUCUCGCUCCCACCCCCCA